UUCAUUUGAAGAUAAAGCCGAUAAAGUGCUCGAAGAAUGUUAUCAAGAAGAUCGUUCACGUACUUUGAUUCUUUUAUACAGAAAACUAGAAUUUUAUGGAAAUACUUCAGUGAUACGUUUAGCUGCACGUGGAAAAUGUAUACGAUUUAUGGCGAAUCCAUGUUGUCAAGAUUUAUUAUCAGGUGUAUGGUCAGGGCGUUUAUCUCCGAAAAAUACAUGGAUUCAA